AAACCCCUCCCAAAAAACUGAGGUUUAUUUGUUAUGUUUUUGCGAUCAGGAACGUGUCCAAUUUGGUCCCUUCAACAGCAUAAAAGCUGAAUAAAAAUGUUGUAACCCACCCCACAGCUUUACGUUAGACAAGUUUACUCCAGCCACGUGGUGUAUCUGCAGUGCAGGACGGAAGGGGGUGUGGACGCAGUGCUAGUAUCGAAUUCUAUAGAGUGGCCGGAGGUCCAGUUCUCUGGUUUAUGGGGCCUUGUUAAACGUGUCAGCACCAGGUGCGGAUUAUUUUGAGCGGGGCAGUUUUAUUUUGAGGACAUUUGCACUGACUUACUCGUCCAGAUUUAAGGCCUUAAAUAGAUUUCUGCCCUCUGUGGUCUUCACCGCUGGAGUAAAGCCUGCGCCGGAUCGGAAAGCUCGGAACCGGAGUCACCCUGGUGUUCUCGUGAAUAAGCUUUUGUCGCUGUCGUGUGGGUUCCACGGUAUUUCCACAGAUGACGGUGCAUGGUGGGAAGGGUCUGAGGCAGCAGACGGAGCGCUGUCGUUUCCAUGGCGAGUUUAACGUCAGCAGUCCUCCAGUUUUGUUUUUCCCGAGGCGCAGUUUGUAUGCAGAGAAGCUAUAAACACAGGUAGCCUACACCAGCGCCUUCCUCUGAUUUGCUGAGUGUCUGCUCCACACAUUCAGUUCUUUCUUUGGUCAGUUUUCCCCCUCAUUUGAAUUAGGGCUGUUCUCUCACCUGGUAUGUAAAUUGUUCCCUCUUGUUGCAAUGUCUGUUUUCAGUGUAGUUUGAUAUCAGGAACCUGUUUUGAAAAUUUUCAGCCACUUUAAAUUUCAACCCUGGGAAAGGUGGGGCUUUUUGUUUUCGGUUGAGCACUCUGUUUGCCAAACCGGAUGAGCUGUCAUAAUUGAGCGUUAAAUGUGGUAAAUGGUGACUGCCACACAGCUGCAGUGGCAUGGUGCUGGUGGCACAGCUCUGACUGACAGUCAUGCAAUUCCUGCGUCUAAACGGGAGAGAAAAAGGGAGAUAAUUUGAAAUGAUUUUAAAAAUAGUUCUGCACUUUGUUGAUGGGAGUCAUAGAGAGGACACACUCUUUUCUUUUUUGUGAGGGAGGGCAAAGGAUAAACCGUUGAAGUCCAUCAUUAUUUGUACUGCGGUCUCUUGCAGAGUAUUUAUACUCAUCGAGCCAGUAAGCUGUCAUUCUGAAGCAGUUGAGUUGAGUGGCGGUGAACUGAAAGUAUGACAGAGAGGGAUAGAGAGAGGGCGCAGAGGGAAUGAGAGGCGGGCAGGGGCGUGUCCGGGGCCCCGCCCACGCCGCUCCCUCAGUUGGCACACGGCUCGGAUAUGGACUUUACCCUUCCUGUGCUGGAUGCCAUCCCCAUCCGGCUCCCCGCCUGCGCUCUCGCACCCGUGUUCUGGGCACCUUGGACCAGCGCCACGCUCUGCUGGCGGACUUGGAGUCCACCACCUCUCACAUCUCGAAGCGGCCGGUGUUCCUGCCGGAUGAAACGCCGUACUCCAUCCCCACCUGCGGGAACACCUACCAGGACAUCUCCGCCCCGCCGCCGGUGCCCCCCCCUCCCACGGCCGAAGCCCUCAACGGAGCUGUGACUGACCCCCCCUCGCACCACUCCUCCCAGCAGUCCUUUGGCUCAGCCCAGAAGAACUCGUGGUCCCAGGAGAGCAGCAGCCCGCCUCCCUCCCACAGCGAAGAGGACCACGUCUACAGUUUCCCCAACAAGCAUAAACGCUCAGAGCCCUCUGCAGCGGCCAUGAGCUCCUCCCUGGGCAGCAAUCUGUCAGAGCUGGACCGGCUGCUCCUGGAGCUCAACGCCGUGCAGCACAACUCUCCCUCCUUCGCCACCACAGAGGAAGCGGCUCCCCCCCUGCCGUCCUGCAGCAUCACUCACUACGCCCAGGAGAACGGAGGCUCCGCCCCCGUCAAGGUGCCCCCUCCCACCGUAGAGAAGCCCAAACGCAACGGCAGCCGCGGGAUCGAUGACGUGAGGCCCAGCGUGGAGAGCCUCCUGGACGAGCUGGAAAGCUCCGUCCCCAGCCCCACCCCCGCGCCUUCGGCGGUCCAGAACGAGCUGGCGGACGAGCAGCUGGAAACGGCCAGCCAGCAGCAGGCCCGAAUCUCCGCCUCGUCCGCCACGCGCGAGCUGGACGAGCUCAUGGCCUCCCUGUCAGACUUUAAGCCCAGCUCUCUGGGGUCUCUCAAUUCGGAGCCCCCCCUUGAACAGGGAGGAGAAUCCCCCGCCCCUCCAAAACCAGCUGUCCCUGCAGACCCCGCCCCUAGCCUCCCACCCACCCAUUCCACCUGCGAGUCCCCGCCUCUCCUCCCCCCAGUCACCCUGGAGCUGCACAUUGUGGAGGCUGGGGAUCCAGCGAGCGGCAGUAAGCCCAGCGCCCCCCCCGCCGCCCCCGCUCCUGAGCUGGCCUCCAGCCCCAGCCCCAAACCGCCCUCCUCUGACAGCACCCAGGGCCCCGAGCCUGUCGCACCCGAGCCGAAGGCGGAAGAGCCCGACUCGGACGCUGUGAUCGAUGUUUCGGCCUCCAUGCUGAGUGCUCCACUAGAGACCCUGGUGGUGCUGUCCCCCACCUCAGACCACCGGCCCCUGUCACCCCCCCUUCCCAAUUUGUCCCUCACUACCGAGGCCUCCGGGAGCCCCGUACCCCCUCACCCAGAGAGUCCUCCGACAUCUGCCGCAGCUAAAGACCCCAGCCCCACGCCCGCGUCCGAUCACAAACCCUCCACUCCUCCGGCCUGUCGCAAGAGUCCAACUCCACCCCCGCUCUCUACUGCCAAGUCUUCUUCUUCGUCUCCCAUUUCAUCCAAGUCCCUCACUCCACCCGUCUCCGCCAAGUCCCCAACCCCACCUCCUGCUUCUGCUGCCAAGUCCUCUUCUCCUUCUCCUGUCCCUCUGAAUAAGCCUGCCACUCCACCCGUCUCGACACCACCUCCUGCCUCUAAGUCCGAUGAACCGCUGCCCGUCUCUAGUGCGAAAGCUCAGUCUCCACCCGCUACUCCCGAGACCAAGCCCAAAAAACAGGAACCGCCCCCCAGCACGGAGCCCUCUCUGGAGGAGGCCCUGGACAACCUGCUGGCCAUGAGCUUCAGCCAGCCAGAGAAGAGCAGGGGGGCGCCGGAGGGGGAGGUGCUGCAGGAGGUGCGCGAGGCGGCGGUCCUGGCGGCCGACCGGAGCCAGGUGCUGCCGGACACGGCCGCGAGGGAGGAGGACAAGAGGGACCUGCUGGACUGGAUGGACCUGUCGGAGGACGGGCGGGACGGGACCAUCACGCCCCUGACGGAGGCCAGCUGGAUGGAGGGGUCCCUGACCCCGACCUCCUGCCCCGGCUCGCCGGACGUGCAGAUGGACCUGCCCCUGCUGCAGCCGUCCGCCGUGGAGAGGAUCUCCGCCUCCGGCCACAUCAAGUCUGUGAUAAGGCGCACCAAGGAGACGUCCAACGUGCACCCCAUGUACCGCGAGGGGCACCCCCGGCGCAAGCUGGGGCCCAUCAUCUUCAACAAGAGCAGCUCGCAGGACCGGCUGAUCGAGGAGCUGCAGGGCAAGCUGGGGAUCGGGCGCACCGAGCGCCGCCGCAAGCAGCAGGACGACUGGCUGACCGAGGGCGUCAUCGUCAUGUCCAAACCGCAGCGCUCCCGCGAGGAGAGUCCCGCCCCCGCCGUGGACAAGAUCAUUAUUCCUCCAGAGUCGCCUGUCCCACAGAGGAAGGUUAUCCCCCCGCCCCUGUCCCCCCCAGCCCCUCGUCGCCCUCCUCCCCUGGAGGAGCCCAAAAGGCUACCCCCAGUGAAACAGACCCCUCCUCCGUUGCCCCCUCCGCCCCCACCUCCCUCUCCUCCUCCGCAACCCCCUCAACCCGUUCAGCCCCCUCCUCCUCAGCUGCCGCCCAAUCCCGAACCGCCGCGCGCUCAGCCCCCCAAAAAGAAAGUCCCGCCCCUGGCACAGCCUCCCAAGCCGGCCCCCGUGGCCCCUCCUCCAGUUCAGGCCCCUCCCCCCAAGGUCCUGGUGUCGAUAGCCUGCCAGACCGAAGAAGACCCCCUCUUCCCUCCGAUGCAGAUAAUGGCCCAGGGGAAGGGCGGGGGGUCGCCCCCAGGGCCCCGGAAACAAGUCAACAAGCUGGACAACAUGCUGGGCAGCCUGCAGUCGGACCUGAACCGGCUGGGCGUGCAGACGGUGGCCAAGGGCGUGUGCGGGGCCUGCAACAAACCCAUCGCCGGGCAGGUGGUGACGGCGAUGGGCCGCACGUGGCACCCCGAGCACUUCGUCUGCACCCACUGCCAGGACGAGAUCGGCUCCCGCAACUUCUUUGAGCGCGACGGGCAGCCCUACUGCGAGAAGGACUACCACAACCUGUUCUCCCCACGCUGCUACUACUGCAACGGCCCCAUCCUGGAUAAAGUUGUGACGGCGCUGGACCGGACUUGGCACCCAGAGCAUUUCUUCUGCGCCCAGUGCGGGGCUUUCUUCGGCCCAGAGGGUUUCCAUGAGAAGGACGGGAAGGCAUAUUGCAGGAAGGAUUACUUCGACAUGUUUGCACCCAAGUGCGGAGGCUGUGCUCGUGCCAUCCUGGAGAACUACAUCUCUGCGCUCAACUCCCUCUGGCACCCAGAAUGCUUUGUGUGCAGGGUAAGGCCAUUCAGGUGCAGGCUGUGUUAUGGCAGCUGUCACUCAGACUGCGUUUGCUCUUUAUGUACUGUAUAACGUUUUUUGUACAAGUCCUUUUCAGAAGAAUUUACAUUAUUUUAAUACAGAUUAAAAUAAUAAUUAGAGAAUUUAAGGACAAUAUAUAAAUGUUUAAAUAAUUAUAUCUAAUGUAAUAUCUUAAAAUGGACAGCAUUAAAAAGCACGAAAAUCAAAUAUCGAGACCAAUUCACUUUACUUCCUUUACUUUGCUGGUGCUUAUGAGAUGAUCUUACCCAGAGUGAUUUACCGUGCAAACAAAAGUGCUAAGGAUGCAGUGCAAGGUGGAAACAUAGCCUCAACAGAGGUGGCAAGUGCAACAAGUGUAGUUUCAGGUUUCCGUUAACAACUUGUCAACUACCUCAUUGAACUUUAAACUAGUAAUGGAAACAAGAGCCAGAGUAAUACAAACAGUACACCACAUUAAAAGAACCACGGGCUCUGAAAAGAAAAAAAAAGAGGAUUAAAGUGCUAAAAGAGAAAUGGUGGAGGAAUUGAGAUGCAGUCUGAAGAGAUGGGUAUAUGUCACGAUACUAAAGCAGUACUAUAAAAGGAGAAUUACAGUGGUUUUAAAAGAGGACAACAGCUGAAAUCUACUGAAAGCACAGUGUAAUAGAU